CCAAGCCUGAAUCCUACCGAUCAGAAAAAUAGGAAGCAGAUAUGUCAAACGAGAAAUUAGUGAUGGCGGUGAUCAGGGCGGCCAGGCCGUCCUUCAGAAACAACCACGACAAGAUCGCGUUCGCCGUUCACGCCUCCUUCCUUGCCUCCGGCUACGUCCUCACUGCCACCGGCCGUCCUGCCUUCGCGGACACAGCUCUUUCCUCCUCCUCGUCCUCUAACGAUGAGGUUGGAAUUGAAAAUUGGAACGAAUUUGAGGAUGAAUAUGCGUUUGUGUAUAUGAACCCUGAGAAAGGCUCCAAAAAAGUGUUGGUGAAGUGUCUGGUAAUGGAUGAUAAAUUUCUUGUUGAUGCUGUGGCUGAUGGUGGUUCUGAGCCUGUUCAUCUCGAAAUUAAUAUUAGGGAUUAUGUUGAGGAGAAUGGAGGCGCCGCCAAUUAUUCGGCCCAUUACAAGAAUCUGGAGAGGCUGGUGAAUAGUUUGGAUAAGGAGAUUUUAUCCAAGUUAGAUGGUUCUUUGAAGGCGAGUUCCUCUGGUAAUCCUGUCAGUUCAAAAGCACGUGAAAGAUCAGGCACUAAUAGAAAUGAAGCUGGUGUUAGAGUUAUUGAACCAGCAGGCCCUCAACCUAAUCCUUCAGGGGUCAUACUUCCACCUAUUAAUCCUUUCGGUAUUAGUGAUCUUUUCCCUGGGCCAGGUGCUGGAAUGUACCCUACCAGGGGUGAUUUUGGUGGAGGAAGCAUGGUUCUAGGACCUAAUGAUCCUCGAUGGUUUGGUGGAAGUAGUGGAGAACCAGAUUUACUAACAGGGCAACCUGGUGUUCCUCCUGGAGCUCGUUUUGAUCCAUAUGGCCCACCUGGCAUCCCUGGUUUUGAGCCAAAUAGAUUUGUCAGGAAGCCAAGAAGGCCUGGGGGUGGGACUCAUCCGGACCUUGAGCAUUUUGGAAGCGGUUCAGAUUUUAUUUAGAAUUUAGAUCUUUGUGUUGAAGUAGCUAUUCUUCAGACAUGAAAUCGCCUCUGUUGCAGUCUAUAGAGUUUUUAUUAAUCCUGUCUUUGUGGUAUUCUCUGCUAGCUGAAGAUUGGCGCCUGACUCGUCAAGUUCAUUAAGGUUGCGUUUGGGAACUUGAAUUUGAAUUUGAAUUUGAUGAGUGUAAUUAA